CUGGAACAGCAGAGACGCGUCACCGCGGAUGUGGGCGUGGUUUGCGGGGAUGAAUAACGUUGUAGCCUCCGUUACGUUGCAGCAGAAUCAGAGUCUGACAAGGGACAAGACCAGGGGGGGCUGAACAGCUGACCAGCUCGCGUAAAUCUGAGCCGCAAGUGAUGGAAAAGACGGAGACCUUUUUAUACAUCUUCAUCGUCUCUCACUACAUCUGGAACAUCGUCUUUAUCUCGUGGCUGUUCAGCUGGACACCUACAGGUCUAACCAACUAUGGAUUGCUUAAUUGAAGUUGGGCCACCUGAUCCUGUUUGCGGAAGGGCAAGUAGCCAAAUAUAGAGUGACAGAAGUCGUUAUGGACAGUUGUGCAAAUCGUGCAUUUCCUUCUCAGACACCUGCUAUGAAAAGUAGACUUUCAUCAUCUGGAAACCAAACCGAUUUCCGCGUAAAGGACAUGGACACUACGGUUAAAUUCAACGCUGCCUGAAAUGCUCUGCGCUAUGUUUUAGUAAUUAUGGGGAAAAGCUGUAGUUAGAAUAGCGGGCGUGCUUGUGUGACUCUUUUGUCUCUGCCGACUUUGGUGUGAGUGGCAGCCAGCUGUGAUAUGCGCGCAUAUCAACUGUGCGCUACAGUUUAGCCGCGACUCUCCGCAGCAGUACCUGCAAUCUUUGACAAGGCUCAUCAACCACUGUGAAAGGUUCUGCUGAAAAUAUCGUUUCAAGUCCUGCAAUUAGAAGUUUCAGUACAAUUUAAGAGAGUUUUUAAAGCUGCGUCCAAGUACACCUGUGUGCCAGGAGGGAGCUAUGGCUUUACCAGAUGGUGGUAUAUCUGGGGAGGAAGUACCCUUCCCAGAGAUUAUAGAGCUCAAUGUUGGUGGUCAAGUGUAUAUAACCCGCUACACUACCCUCACAAGUGUGCCAGACUCUCUGCUAUGGGAGAUGUUCAGUCGAAAGUCAACCAAAGGACUGGCCAGGGAUACCAAGGGGCGCUUCUUUGUAGACCGUGAUGGUUUCCUGUUCCGCUACAUCCUGGACUACAUGCGGGACCAACAGCUGGUCCUUCCAGACCACUUCCCAGAGCGUGGGCGACUGCAGAGGGAGGCUGAGUUCUUCAACCUGCCAGAGCUUGUUAAGCAGCUGGCACCCAAAAUCAGCAAGCAGAACUCCCUGGGCGAUGAGGGAUGUCAGAGCGACCCAGAGGACUCCUCGCCUGGGAUCGACACGGCCCGCAACCUCGGCUCCCUGGGUGCUGCUGCUGCUGCCUGUGCCAGCCUGGUGCCCAGUGCCAUGGACGGCAAACGGUCCGGGUUCAUUACUAUUGGUUACCGAGGCUCUUACACCCUAGGCCGUGACAGCCACACUGAUUCCAAAUUCCGCCGGGUGGCACGGAUCAUGGUGUGUGGAAAGACCUCCCUGGCCAAAGAGGUGUUUGGGGAGACGUUGAAUGAGAGCCGUGACCCUGACCGCCCCCCUGAGCGCUACACAUCCCGCUACUAUCUCAAGUUCACCUUUCUGGAGCAGGCCUUUGACAAGCUGGCCGAUGCAGGCUUCCACAUGGUGGCCUGUAAUUCCACGGGAACCUGCGCCUUUGCCCACGAGCAGACAGACGACAAGAUCUGGACCAGCUACACUGAAUAUGUGUUCUACCGUGAGUGAGACUAUCGGCUUUGUACCCCUGGUCCCCCACCCUGUCUCCAAGUGCCCCCUUCUAGCCUCCAGCCAUCCUGUCUUUCUCUCUCUGAUGGCUCCUGCACCAGUAGAUGUACUGUAGAUGUUGUGCGCUUCCAUCUCUAUCUGCAGCCUCCAGCUUUUAUCCUGUGAACAGUACCCAGCAGCUGCUCUGACUCUUCAUAUCUUCUCUGCAGGUCGAAUCUGCAGCCCUCCCCCUCAACCCCUAAUCCAUCCCCCCCUCAUCCUCAGGUCCAGCUUCUGCCCUUGUUUCAGCCGUCGUUUCAUCUAGCUGUAGUCCCCCAGUCCUCAACCGCAGCAACCCCACAGCCUUUUCCUGCAGAGAUUGAUAUCUUCUAUGUACAAUUUCUCCUUUUGUAUAUAUUGCAUCUGCCUUGGUGAAGCACAAUACUAUAUCCAAGAGCUAAUUUUGUUAAACAAGCUCCCUGGUGUCCCUAUAUGACCACUGAACCAGUCAUAAGGGCAUAAGGGAAAGGGCUUCACAGAGUGGCCAUCAUGUACAAAGCUAUACUUUACCUGCUUACUCGAGCAGAUCGAACUCUCUCCUACGCCCCUGAAUUAAAUUACCAAAUAAUUGGACAUCUUAGCAGCCUCAAGGGAUAUGAGCAGCCUCAGCACAAAAAAAGUCUAACACAAAAAUCAAAUUUUCUUCAGUUUUUAUUAAAUGUGUCCAGUACCAUGUGGUUUGAAGAUGUGCUCAGAAAAGCUCAACUUUAAAGAAGUCUCGUAGACAGAAUGGGGAAAAAAGGUUGUUGGAUGAAGUGUGUGUAUUGAUUGUGGGCAAUGGAGCUUUCAGUAUUUUAAUCACCCACACACAGAGAGAAAGCAGAGGGGAUGGAAGGUGUUACAUCACUUGCAUCCCACUGCUUUCUUUCUUUUUUUAUUAUUUUUUUAUUAUUAUUUUGCUCAUUGUGCUUCUUGGACACUUUUCUGCUCAAUGACAUAUUUAAGAGCAAUUUUACAGUGAAGCAUUUCUUGGGGACAGACUUCACACCAUGACUACAUGUUGUUUUCCCUGAAAGAAAAUGUGGUAGUCGCCUUAGGGAAUCACGUUUUGAGUGUUCUGUAAACAAUGAUGUUAAUUCUCGGUUCAGUGUUAGUUGAAGCUGUUGCAUAUUUGAUGAUAGCUCUCACUUAUUGUAAGUGAACACCCAUGUGAAAGGGUGGGAUUGUGCUGUAGCCAGCCAAAGCCCAAUGUUUUCUCAACACUGUAGCACGGGCAUUGUGAGGGCAGUUAAUAGUGAGCUUGUAUAACUUAAAGUAAUAGAGCAGUGAGUUAAUUAUUUCCAGUUACAGCCUCAGGACAGGUCUGCGCAUCAUAUACCUCAGACUAAAAGACAAACUGAACUUCCUAAAUCCAACAAAAGAUCCAGCUAAUGACAUGAAAAUGCAGACACAUUUAGGAAAAUCAAAAGGAGGCUUAAUAUAAAGUGAAAUUUGAGUUGAGAAACGGUGAGCAAGGCAGGAUAGUGCAGUAUUUCACCUGAGUUAUAAGCUGUCAGGUCGUAGCAUUGACAGAACAGCUGACAGUGACAACAAAUGUGUUCUGAAACGUCUAGAAACCACAAUGUUAUGUUUCAGGGUGAUGAAGUGCUGUUGACAUCCAAGUCGGUGUGUUAGACCCGCUGCAGUGUGUCGCUGCAGGCAUAGAAAGCACAGUUUUUUUUUAAGUGUUCAGCAAAAAGCAAAUUGAUUUGUCAAAUAAAAGAUGUUUUCUUUC